UCUGGUGAAAUGCCCCUGCCAGUAAGCAUUGCAGCCUGCCUGGCUCCGGGUAACUGAAAAGCAACUGGUUGUGCUUAUGCGACAGCAAUCUGGCGUGUGUGUUUUCUUCCCAUGCUCUGAUAUGAAGGAGUCGUAUACAAAUCUUUCGAGAUUUAAUAGAGGGAAACGGAUACUGGCAAUGGCAGCAGUCUCUUUAUCCACGACUCCUCCAGUACACGUUGCGUUGCAAAGAGAGACGAUUGCGAGUGAAAUGGAGCGCAUUGCCAUUACAUUAGCUCUUGUUCCCAAUUUGCUUAACCACGGUUGCAAUUUAAAAAGAAAAAAAAGAAAGAAAAAAAAAAGGGGGGAAGCGUUUGCUUAACGUUUUGUAGAUGUUAACGUUUGACAUUCUCGCUCUAAAGACUGUUUAACCCCGUAUUUUGCAAGGCUGGUGAUGCAAACGAAGUUAAAGCGUGCAACUUCAAACUGGUUUUUCUGUUUCCUUUUUAAAAAUGUGUCGAGUUAUUGCACAAAACCGCAACGAACGACCAGGCUGAUGUUUCGCACACCCCUCCCUGCUUUGUGCAGCUUUCACUUCCCUGAUGGUUUAGGAAGCGGGGUCGCUUCUCUCUGCGUUUUGGCUCCGGUGUCGUCCUGCUGUUUGGCGGCGACAGCUUGCUCUCGGAAAGAUGUCUCUUCCUCGACAACUUCGAGAUGAAAGUGACUUCGAUCAGCUGCCCGAUGAAAUUCCCAUCUCUGCUGCCAUUGCAGACAUCGAAGAGAGGACAGGAUUCUCUGCGUACUAUGAGUUUGUCAUUGAGGUGAAAACUAAAGGAGGGAGGAAGUACUUCAUAUACCGGCGCUACAGCAGAUUCUUCACCUUGAAUGAGAAGCUGCUGGAGAAAUUCUCCUCUGAAAACCAGACAGGCCGCUAUACUUGUCAGCUCCCCCCUCUUCCAGGGAAGGUUUUCAUGGGGAAUAAGCAGGAGAUUGCAGAGAAGAGAAUCCCAGAGCUCAACUCGUACAUGAAGAAGCUCCUGUGCCUCCCCACCUGUUUAACCUUACACGGAAGUGAGUGCUUCCUGAGGCCCAGCCUGAGCGCCAGGCCCCUCCUCCACAACACUGCUUCACCAAACAGCAAAACUACAAAAGUGAAACAAGAUCUUCUCUCAUCUCCUAGAGCUGAGGCGAUGUUCGAUUUCAAUGGGACCGGGAAGCUGGAGCUGAGUUUUCGGGCUGGAGAUGUGAUCUUCCUGCUUCAGAGAGUGAAUGCAGACUGGCUGGAGGUGAGCUGAAGGGGAGAGAGGAGGAGGAGGAGGAGGGGGAGGGGGCAAUGGAAAAGGGAGGGAGAGAGCGAGAAGGAUGGGGAGGGGGAAAGAAAGAGCAGAGGGGGAGUCGAGGAAAGAAGGGGUGGGCAAGAGUGAUGUGAGAGGAGGGGGGAGUGAGUAAGUAGGAGGAAGGGAAAAAAGGAGAGCGAGAUAGGGUGGGGUAGUGAUGGAGGAAAGGGUGAAACAGGAGAAUGGAAUUGGAGAGUGAAUAGCCUCCGUCUGUGCUGGUGGAGCAGGGGAAAGAUAGGGAUGCUCAAACUCUCUGACCAGCCUCCCUCUGCUCUAUGCUGGUGGAGCAGAGAGAGAGAAAGGGAGGCUCUUGUACUGUCUGACCAGCCUGCCUCUGUGCUGGCGAAGCAGAGAAGGAGAAAGGGAGGUUCUUCUACUCUCUGAGCAGCCUCCCUGUGCUGUUGAAGCAGAGAAGGAGAAAGGAAGGCUCUUAUAUUCAAGUUAAAUUCAGGGUUGUAUUCCUUGAAGAAAACAAGAAGCACUUAUAGGAUCAGGCUCAUAAAAACGGUUGUGGAAAAUGACUUCAUAUCCACAAUGAUCAGGAGAGGGGGUAAUGAAUAUAUGAAAAUAUAGAAGCAUUCGUUUUUUAAUUUUUUUUGUUAGCAGUAGCCCUUCAUGAAGAAAGUCAAGUACAUUCAUGUAUUCUGCUGAGUUAGCUGUAUGAAGCUUUUCUCCCCCCAAAGUAUAUUAGGCAUCGACUGUAAAAAAAAAAAAAAAAAAAAAAAAAAAAAAAAAAAAGGACAGAAAUUGGAUCAGAGUGACCUUUUAGCACCUUUUUGCAGAGGUAACAUUCUGGACAAGAGCCACCCAGCUGUGCCUGUAGUGUGUCGCAGUGAUACAUGAAUGAGAUGAGCGAAGCAGGGGCAGCUGCUUACUGAUGGCAGGGCUCGAUGCCAUUGCUCGUUCUGGUUUAGCGGACAUAAAAACAGCCCUUUCAGAUGCAUUAUCUUAAAUUCUAUUAGCACUAGCAACAUUAUCGUUGCCCCCCCCCCCCCCCCCCUCCCCUCCCCU